AUGGGUACAUCAAAGAUAGCUGAAGCGCAACAUGGCUUGUUGCGUGCGAUAUCCAUUCUUACGGGUAUCGUCCCCCGAGAUUGGUCAGGAUGGUCGAGGUUCAGCGAAAUUUUCUUCCCGCCAAAUGAUGCUGACGCCAAACGUCGCCGCGACAUAAAUAUCCCCAAGUUCACCAAGGAGGAACUUGAGGACGAAUUCUUUCUUGGGGAUACAAACCUGGCGAGCCACUUUGUGGCUCAUAGGUGGAUUUACUUUCCAAUAGUUUUGAACGAGACCAAGCAAGACUCUUACGAAAAGAACCACCGGUUACCACUGCUUCUACCACUGUUUCAGGAGGACCAUGUGCGUCGACAGGGUGGCUACGGAGUAGUGACUAAGGAGAUCAUACCUCCGCACCAUAUCAUCCUGGGCGUUAUGAGCGAUCACCUCGGUAUACCAGGGCCAGAGGCGCCUUAUCGAUUCGAACUCACAGUUGGCCGAAAGCGCUUGCCGAGGGCAGAUUCCGCAAAUGAAGUGAAACAAUUGAAACUCCUUCGAUCAAGCCUGUCCAGCCACAAGCGAAUCGUUUCUGAUCUUGCGAUAUUCACCGUUGGAAAUGAGUUGAACAUCAUUAUGCCCUGGGCGGACAUGGACUUGGAAGAUUUCUUGGCCGGAGGUUACGAACAGAUGCAACCUACCCCGUGUCUCCUAACUGAACUAAUCCAGGAGUCCAAAAAUGUUGCAUCUGCCAUUCAUUUCCUUCACAAAAAUCUUCAACUCGAAGUACUCGAAGUUGAACGGCCCGAUUUUCGCCACCAAGCAAUCUGCCACGCGGACCUCAAGCCCCGAAAUAUUUUGGUAUUCAAGCACGAGGGCUCUUCUACAGGAAUUUGGCGAAUCACUGACUUCGGUGUCUCACGAGUAGCAAAUCGCGCUCCAUCGGAAACUAGCAGGUAUGGCUCAGGAUACCCCACUAGUCUCGAUGCGCGUCCUCCAAGAGGGGGCGCAUACCGGGCACCAGACACCCAUGCUCAACGAAGGAGCGACGUCUGGUCGUUCGGGUGCAUACUAGUGCGCGUUUUCGCCUUGGGGCUUGAGCCUGCCAGCCUACCAGAACUUGAUGAAAGGCGAAAGGAAGGACCCGGCGGACGCGCCCUCGACGAUUGUUUCUAUCGAGAAAAUCCUUCUGCUCUUAACCCGAGUGUCGAAAAUUGGAUUCAGCAUUUGCCAACCCGAUAUCGCGAUUCCCACAGCCCUGCUUUCCUCGAGAAAAUGCAGAAGCUUCUUGGCUCAAUGCUUGAGAUAAAUUACCGCAACCGUUUAUCGGCACGUAAAGUUCGACGCGAUUUACAUGCACUUCAUUACUCUCUCAUACACUCAGACUCCGAUGCACCACCGUCUACUCAGAUUGCUCUGCGAAACUUACUAAGCGGGUCGUCAAGGACGUCAAGUACGUCAAGCACGUCUUCAAGCAGUACUGCUAUUAGCAAUAUCGGCACAGUUUACCCACCUCGACCAGUAAAAGAAGUAGGUGUUCUUGUCGCUGUCAUGAAGGAUGGGGGGAACAUCAACCUUGUCCGUCAAAUUCUGCGAGACCAGGUUGACGUGGAAAAAGUGCCACGAGGGUGA